GGACAUUAUAAAUUACGAUAUUAUGUAUAAAAUUGUCUAGUAAAAAGUCUUCAGUUCAAUUUAGUUUUCACGUAGAUUAGAACCUGAUAAGAUGUUUACUCAUUCAAGAGUUAAAAUUGCUAUUAUUGGAGCCGGACCAGUUGGGUCGUUGUGUGCAUGUUUUAUGGCAGAAAAUGGAUAUGACGUUACCGUCUACGAAAGUCGAACAGAUAUUAGACUUGAUAAAUCAACAUCGGGACGUUCUAUAAACUUGGCUUUGUCAGAAAGAGGCAUUAACGCUCUCCGAUUUAUCGGACUCGAUAAUAUUGUUAUUGAAGAACUCACAGAACCUAUGUAUGGUCGAAUGAUCCAUUCAAUUGAUGGCCAUAAAUAUAGCAUUAUGUAUGAUAUUAACAAAUCCAAGUGUUUAUACUCUGUUAGCAGAAAAGAACUCAAUGGAUUUUUAUUAACAAAACUCGAAAAAUAUCCAAAUGUGAAAUUAAACUUUUCGCAUAAACUCGUCGAUGUUGAUUUUAAUGCUAAACUAUUAACAUUUCAAAAAUCAUUAGAAAACCAACAAGAAACUGUAAAACCAGACGUAAUUAUUGGAUGUGAUGGGGCUCAUUCCGUAGUUCGUAAACAUAUGAUUCGUCAGCCAAUGUUUAAUUUUUCACAGACAUAUAUAGAUCAUGGUUAUUUUGAAAUAAGCUUACCAUCAGCUGCAACAAAAGAUACCUUAACUCCAGGACAUCUUCAUAUUUGGCCGAGAAGUACAUUUAUGUUGAUAGCAUUACCGAAUAAAGAUAAAUCUUGGACUUGCACUUUAUUCAUGCCAAUGGAUCAAUUUCCAAUGAUAUUAGAAUCAGAAAAUGAAGACAUUUUACGUUUUUUUAACGAGUAUUUUAAGGAUUUUAUGGAUUUGAUUCAACCAGAACAUUUAUUAAACCAAGUGAAAAAUGGAAAAGCACGAACUCUUAUUUCUAUUAAAUGUAAUCCAUACCACGUUAAUAAUAAUUUCCUGCUGAUGGGAGACGCUGCCCACGCUAUUGUACCUUUUUAUGGUCAAGGAAUGAAUGCUGGCUUCGAAGAUUGUACAAUUUUGAACCAACUACUUGAAGAAUACGACCAUGAUUUAGAAACUGUUAUUAAAACGUUUUCAUUGAGAAGAAUUGAAGAUGCGGAAGCUAUCAGUGAUUUAGCUUUUUACAACUAUAUUGAAAUGCGUGAUUUAGUUGCUCGUAAAAGCUUUUUGUGGCGGAAAAAAUUGGAUAACAUACUUAAUAAAUGGUUUCCUCAGACGUGGAUACCGCUUCAUAGUUCUGUCUCUUUUACAACAAUUGGCUAUAAACAAUGUAAACUCGACAAUCAGUGGCAAGACCAAAUUUUAUUUAGAAUGUUUAUUCUAUUCGCAACAUUCUUCUCCAUCAGUUUGUAUUUUUUUGUAUCUAUAAUGUCAAAAUCAUUACAAUAAAACCAACUGCACAGUGCACACAUAUCAAUUUUAUCUAAUUGAUCCGGAUUACCUACGAUGUUAUGAACAAGAUUUAUUAACUAUAAAUCAAUAUAAUCUUACAUUACACAAUAGUUUAUUUUUAGCGUUCAAUAUAAUUUUAAGUAAUAUUAUAUAUUUAUCUAUAAAGUUGAAACACCAAUGGCUUAUGUUUCAAGAAUUCAUACCUUUCAUUUAAAUGUCAUUAUUAGCCAAUAUAAUAUUAUAUAGUACAAUCAGUGGCAUAUUUUCAAAUUUUUUGUGAGGGUGUUCUAAAAAAUAAGUAAGUGUAUAAUAUUAUAAAAAUACAUAUGAGUUAUGAAUUAAUAAUUAUAUUAUUCCAUUCUGUUCGAGACCCAUGACCCCCCCCCCUCCCCAAAAAUACACCACUGAUUAAAAUUAAUUUAUCUUCACAAAUAAUUAUAGUGAAACAUAUUUUCAAGUUUAAUUUUUUGUGCAUAAAAUUCUCUAUGAAACACCAUAUUAUAAUAAAUAAAAUGUACAUAUUAAUGAUAAUACCACUCACGCCUCUAACAUUAUAAUACAAAUUACUUAUUAGUUAUUACGAAUUUACCCACAUUAUAUUGAACGAAUUAUUUUGUAUUACAUUUUCAAUAAAAUAAAAAACAAAAAGUUGUAACAUAA